AUGUAUCCACAAUACGCUCAUCCUGCUCUUGAUCCGAUCCAUGGCAUGCUUCCAGCAGGUGCAAUGUACCAUCAGCCACCGUUGCAGUAUUCAUAUCAGACUCCAGCGUCGUUUCAGCCAGCGGCAGCAGCGGCAGUAGCACACCCGAUCCAACAAUAUCCAUGUGUGGUUGCUCCUCCUCCGCUUGAGCCGUUGCCAAGUGCAACCGAUGUACCACAGACACUAGGGUUACCGAUACAUCAAUUGGCCGAGUUUGCAUCAUCCAUGGUAUACCUAAUGUGGCAUGCUAGACGUCCUUCGGUGAUGGCAUUGCAUAGUGAAUCCUUGUCUCCUACAUCAUCCUCCGAACCAGGAGCUGAAAAAGAAGAGCAAAGCACUGAAGAUGACGAUACGACACUAUCUCACUCUAAUCAGCAGCAAGAGACACAACAUCGUGAGACUGCUCAUAUUGCCAAUGGAACUAGCAAUGCCUUUAAAAAGUUCUCUCGACAGAUUUUGUACGCUACUCAGUUAUCCGAAUCGGUAGUCAUGCUAUCACUCAAGUACAUUGCAAUGCUGCUGCAAAAGAAUCCAAACAUUCAAGGAGCUGAAGGAUCAGAGUAUCGAUUGUUUACAGUGGCGCUCAUGCUCGCAAACAAAUUCCUUGAUGAUAACACGUUCACCAACAAGACAUGGGCAGAUAUCUCUUGCAUGAAAGUGACUGAUCUCAACAUUAUGGAGUUGGAAUUUCUUGACGUGUUGGAUUUUGGAUUGUUUGUCGACAAGGAUGAGUUUGGACGAUGGAAGAUGGCACUAGUCAACUUUAAGAAUCAGCUGCAUUCAGUGUACGAAGCACAAGAACUCGAACAACGACAAAAGAUGAUUGAAGCAUCUUUGAAGAGCGUGGGCGUAUCGAUGCUUCAAGAUCAACAACAACAGCAGCAGCCAUGGAAUAUGCAACAACAGGCUGAUGUGCAGCAACAAUAUCCUCAUCCACAAUACUUUUAUCUCUUGUCAAAAGCACAGCAACCACACUUUCCUACGCAACGAAUCAAUCAACCCCUGAUGCGAGUACCUUUAAGGGUACCUGCUCAUCCCGUAUAUAUGAAUGCAGGCCAUUCAUCAUCCCAUCUUCAACAUGGUACUCAGGCACCAUUACCGUUACCUCCACCUCCACCACCACCACCACCGCCGCCAUCACAAUUUCAACACCAUCCUCAUCAUCAUCAUCCUCAUCAACCCAUUUACGAUAAUAUGAUGCGAUCAUCAUCUUCAGCUGUCAUGUCAACAGGUCAUCCUCCGCCUCCUUUCUCUGCAACAACCGAUAACAAAAGAUCAUUUGCUGCACCAUCGCCCGUUGAUACCCAACAAUAUGCAUCGCAUCCUUCGUAUCCUCUUCGACCAUCAUCACAAGUGCAACAAGGACAUCCAAUGAACCAUGAUACGAAUGUAGCAUCCUACACGUCGAUGGGAGAGUUUAAUGAAGGCGCGGCGUAUUCGUACAGAACGGCGUCACCAGGAGGUUUUGUGAACCCAGUAGUAGGGAUUGGAGAACAACCACAACCCAUGUACUAUUAUAUGCAAACACCAGCAACAGGAUCGGCAUCUAAUACGUAUGGUCGCUCUACUACUACUACUACACGAUCGCAUCAUGUUGAGAAUUCGUAUCCAUCAUCAUCAACAACAACAACAACGACCACUUCAUCGGCUGGCAAUGGCUCCUCUACUACUAACAACAACGCUGUGAUGCAUAAUCAGAUACCGCUUCAUAACCGAACGCAAGGACUACCCAUACAUCACCCGCAUCCGCCAUCAUCAACAUCCUCCUCCUCAACCGCCGCGAAACGCAACAGCCGCAGUAGUAGUAGUAAUGGGCCCGUGCUUCAAGUCUCAGCAAGCCAUUGA